AGGCGGAGGCGGAGGCGCCACGGUCCAACUGCUGAGGAGUCUCCAUGUGACAGAGAGGGGUGUCCUAGCUCCAAACGACGCCCGACCGCGGUUCCCAACCACACACCUUGUGCCCUGUCCCGGCGCCAGCAGACAGCGGCAGGCCAGGGACCUCUGGUUUUGGGCGGAGGGCUCGGGCUCAGAGUGAAUAGCUGCCGCCGCGCAGGUGUCUGAGGGACCGCUGAGACCCCGGCGUCUCCCGAGAGGCAAGCAGCGCGGCGAGCUGGGGCUUCUGUCAGCGCGGCGCCGCCAGCUCGGGGACAUGAACGGCUUCACGCCAGAGGACAUAAGCCGCGGCGGGGACGCAGCCGCUGCGGUGGCUGCCGUGGUCGCGGCCGCCGCCGCGGCCGCCGCCUCUGCAGGGAACGGGGCCGGAGCGGGCUCUGGAGCUGAGGUGCCCGGCGCCGGGGCGGUUUCGGUUGCGGGGCCCCCGGGGGCGGCCGGGCCGGGCCCCGGGCAGCUGUGUUGUUUGCGGGAGGACGGCGAGCGGUGCAGCCGGGCGGCGGGCAACGCCAGCUUCAGCAAGAGGAUCCAGAAGAGCAUCUCUCAGAAGAAGGUGAAGAUCGAGCUGGAUAAGAGCGCAAGACAUCUUUACAUUUGUGAUUAUCAUAAAAACUUAAUUCAGAGCGUUCGAAACAGAAGAAAGAGAAAAGGGAGUGAUGAUGAUGGAGGAGAUUCACCUGUUCAAGAUAUUGAUACUCCAGAGGUUGACUUAUACCAAUUACAAGUAAAUACACUUAGGAGAUACAAAAGACACUUCAAACUCCCAACCAGACCAGGACUUAAUAAAGCACAGCUUGUCGAGAUAGUUGGUUGCCACUUUAGGUCUAUUCCAGUGAAUGAAAAAGACACCUUAACAUAUUUCAUCUACUCAGUGAAGAAUGACAAGAACAAAUCAGAUCUCAAGGUUGAUAGUGGUGUUCACUAGGAGAGAUGGAAUUGAGACUAAGACUUGGAUGUUCAGAUGUUAAGACUGCUUAUUGUUUUUUCACGUGUAGAAAUGUUCCUUGUGUAUUUUUUCUAAAGAGGAUUUUCUCUGGUUUUAUUUUCUUUGUUUCUGACUCAAAUAAUUAGUUGGAAACUCAUGUAAAAUGAGCUUUCCUACAUUAAAAAAUAUUUUAAAUAAAGGUUAUUACUAUUAUAGUUGCUUCAGUGUAUUUAUUUUGUGAAACUUGAUUUUUAUUUUAAAUUGACUUUUAGGGACCAGUAUUAAUUGAGAUUUUAAUAAGAAGAUCAUUUUGUUAACUUUUUUCUUUUUUUUUUUUUAAUUGAGAAACUUAACAUAGAAGUAACAGAUGUAGCACAUUUGCUUUCUCUGGGGUGAUCUGAUUUGGAAAUACGAAUAUCCUAAACAGUAAUAUUUUUUUAAAGUGCUUUUUAGAAAAAUAGAUUUCCAUUGGGAUGAAAUUUUUAUUUCCUUUUAUUAUCAUUAUUACUUGAUGAAACAUCAAGAAGAACAAAUAGUUUAACACCUACCUCCUUCCAAAGAAGACUUAAUGUGUCAGCAAAGAUAAACACAGGGCUGAAAGUUGAAAUAUGAACAUGGAAAUAAAUAGUUCAUCAUUUCUUUAUUUAUAGGAAACGUAUUUAUAUGGCUGAAAUAUAGAAGGAACCUCUGCACUGCCCUUUAAUUUUUAAUCAUGUUCUGUAUUGUUUACAUUGCAAAUUAAAUAUGAUAAAUUUGAGAGAUGUAGAAAUGUAACAAGAUCUUUAAAUUUUAAUCAUACAUAGCUCUGACCUGAUUUCUAUUUUAUUUCCUUUUUAUAUUUCCUUUUCUAUCAGUUUUCUCUUAAAUAUUUUUAACCUCUGCUUUUCAUAAGAUUGUAUUAUUUAGCCAAGAUCUUCCAGUUAGAAGUGAAAAUUUAUAGCUUGUGGCAUCAGAACAAAAUAAUAGCUUCAGUAAAGUGUUCUGAGAUUGUGGUGCAGAUUUUAGGAUGGAAAUGGGUGUGAGACCAUUAAUGUGGCUCAGGAUAUCUCAAGGUUGACAUUGGUCCUGAUAAUUCUUUAUUGUGGGAGGUUUGUAGGCUUGGCAGCAUCACUGUAGUCCACACACUAGUGCCUAUAGAACUCCAAAGAUGAUAACCCAAAAUAUCUCUAGACAUUGUCAGAUGUCCCUGGGGGAAUAAAAUCACCCUUGAUUGUGAACCACUAUGUAGUUGAUUGGGUACCACUAUGUAGCUGAAUUUAAAGAAUGUACUGCUUCUAUAGAAAAUGAGUCUGUAUUUUUAAGUGUUCUGAGUGUAUUGACUGCUAUAAAAUACGUUGAACGGUAAA